AUGGAAACGUUGCCUGAUGCCGUAGGAGAUAGGGUUGUUAAAGAGCUUCCAUUGCCUCCUUAAAAGCCUAUAAGUCAUGACGCACUUUUCCCAACCUCUCUAAAGAAAGGGUCGCAAGAAAUACCUGACUGGAACUUGCUUAAGGAUCAUCUGGUUAGAGAGGAAAAAGAAGCAAAUGUUGUCAAAAUAACUGGUCCAAGUGUUCUUGUCGGAGACAUCCAUGGUCAAUUCUAUGAUUUAGUUAACUUAAUAGAAAAGGCUGGUGAUCCUAGGACUCUUAAUUAUGUAUUUUUGGGAGAUUAUGUAGAUAGAGGUGUGUAUUCCUUAGAGUGUCUAAUGCUUCUAUUUUCGAUCAAGAUGAAUUACCCUAGAAAGUUCAUUUUACUGAGAGGUAACCAUGAAAGUAGAGGUGUUACUGAACACUUUACUUUUAGACAGGAAGUAAUAAAUAAAUUUGAUGAUGAAAUCUAUGAUUUAAUAACAUUAGCUUUUGACACAUUACCGUUAGCUGCUGUGGUCAAUGGAACAUAUUUAUGCAUGCAUGGAGGAAUAUCACCAUUAAUGAACACUAUCGAAGACCUCAAUAAAGUAGAUAGGUUCUAAGAAAUACCAGAAUAAGGUAUUUUAUGUGAUAUCCUCUGGAGUGAUCCGAUUUAAGAUGAGCUUGCUAGUAAAUUCGAUUUCUAAGAAAAUCCAGAAAGAGCUUGCUCAUUUAAAUACGGAUUAAAACCAACUAAGAGAAUAUUAGAGUAAUCGGACUUCACUCUUCUAGUAAGAGCCCAUUAAGUACAAAUGCAAGGCUAUAAAAUGCAUACUUGGGAUUAGUCUCAGGACAUUCCCACUGUAAUAACCAUUUUCAGUGCACCUAAUUACUGUGAUUGCUAUAACAACAAAGCCGCUAUAAUUAAAAUUGAUGGUGAAAACUUUGGAAUAAAGAAUUUUGAAGAAGUUCCUCAUCCUUAUCAUUUGGCAGGAGGUUUAAAUCUUUUUGAAUUCUCGAUGCCCUAUUUAUCAGAGAAGAUUCUUGACAUGCUUUAUAAUAUCUUAGAACAGGGUGCUGAGCCUGAAGAGCUAGAAGAGAUUAAUGAUGAGGAUUUCAACUCUAAUAUAGCACAAUUAAUGAUUGGGGCAUCUGAUGCCUAAGUGAUGAGGACCAAAAUUAACUCGAUUAGCAGAAUGCGCAGAAUGUACAAGAAUCUUAUUGAAAACUAAGAUGUUCUUCUCUAAAUUAAAAUGGCCAAUGACGGUAGAAUCCCAAGAGGACUAUUAUUGGCGGGAAGACCUGCAAUUAGAAAUGCACUAAAGAAUUUUGAAUUGGCUCAAUCCCUUGACAAGGAAAAUGAGAAGAGACCAAUGCCAAAGUCAAAAUUAGUUCCAAAGGAGUGA